AUGGUCACACCCUAUUUCCUAGGAAAGAUAGCUACGAUUCCGUAUGUUGCUGUCAGAACUCUAAUUGAGUAUUAUACUGUAGGUACAGUUUACCAGAAGACAAGCAGUAAUGAGUUUGGCAAUUCGCUCUGGAAAAAUCUUCACUUAUCAAUUGAGUAUCACUUAAGUGGAUCCUUACAAAAAUCAGAUGUUAAGACAUUUGCUUAUUCUCCACUAUCCAAAGUCUUUCAAUCAUUUGAGAAAAAUAAACAUCCAUUACUUGAAGAUUUGAAUAAUUUUGCUAAGCCAUUGGAUAAGUACAGUUACUGGAUUUCAGAAAGUGAAGGGGCUGAAAACGUCUUAAUCUACAUACAUGGAGGUGGAUAUUUAUUAGGUAUGUUUGAAGCUCAAUUAGUGGGAUUCAUGGCUUUGUAUUAUGCAUUAUCUCCGGAAAUCAGAAAAAAGACGUCUUUCUUAAUUGUUGAUUAUUCUUUAACAUUAUUCGACCAUGUAUUCCCUACUCAACUUUGGGAAACUCUUUCAAGUUAUAAAACUUUGGUUGAUAAUGGUUAUAAGAAUAUUCAUCUAUUCGGUGAAUCUGCAGGGGCUCACCUUGCUUUAACUUUAAGCAGAUAUGUUGCCUAUCCAGAGGAAGCUCAAGAAAUAUUUUCUAAAUUUCCACAAUUUGAUUUCUCUUCCUUCAAAAAUUUACCUCAACCAGUUUCCCUCGUUUUAGAAAGUCCUUGGGUUCAACCUUGUACCCAACCCAUUCUUCCUCCUCCUCAAGGUCAAAAUAUCUAUGGAGACUUAGGAGCACUUGAUACAUCUAUGGGUGAUUAUUAUGUUGAAGGUAUUGAUAAAGAGAUCAUAAAAGACUUCUUAACUUUUACACAAACAAAUUAUGAUGACCAUUGGUCAAAAGUUCAAGCUAUCACAAGUGGCAAAACGAUUGUUUUAUAUGGAGAACGAGAAGUAUUAAGGGACGCAAUCCAAAAGUUCCACGGUAUUAUUAACAAGAACGACAAUGUUCUGAAAUAUAUGGAAGUCGGUGGUAUUCAUUCUGCUUUGGUAUAUGUUGAAAGCUUGGAUUUUAUCAGUACUGAGGGAGCCCAAAAGGCUGUUCAAGGCGACUUCGAGAAGAAAUUUGCUUAUACCACAAUCAGCAAAUUCUACGGUGAAGUAAUUUAA